CUUCUUUUUUAACCAACAGAUCAAAUGUCGUUCUCUUGUCCGUAAAACCACAAAACCCCAGGCUCUCUCCCCUUUCUAUCUGCACUAGAAUCCGUCGACGGUGACGAUGGCUCUGACGGAGCUCGAUGACGAUAUGGUGGCCAGCAUGACUAUAGGAGCCAUCUUCUCCGAUUUCGGUGGUAGGAUGAACUCAAUUGACUUUCAUCGUAAGGACGAUCUUCUGGUCACAGCCAGCGAGGAUGAUUCAGUUCGGUUCUAUGAUAUCGCCAAUGCUAAGUUGCUGAAGACAACAUAUCAUAAGAAACAUGGCACUGAUAGAAUAUGCUUUACCCAUCAUCCCAGCUCGGUUAUAUGCUCGUCAAGAUAUAAUUUGGAUUCUACUGGAGAAUCAUUGCGGUAUCUUUCAAUGUACGAUAAUAGAUGCCUUCGCUACUUCAAGGGGCAUAAAGAGAGGGUUGUCUCCCUCUGCUUGUCUCCUGUAAACGAUAGUUUCAUGUCUGGUUCUCUUGAUCACACCGUCAGAAUAUGGGAUCUUCGUGUGAAUGCAUGCCAGGGAAUUCUGCGGUUGCGGGGUAGACCCACAGUUGCAUAUGAUCAACAAGGUUUGGUCUUUGCUGUGGCAAUGGAAGGGGGUGCUAUAAAAUUAUUUGAUUCACGUUCCUAUGACAAGGGUCCUUUUGAUACAUUUUUAGUUGGUGGAGAUACUGCUGAAGUUUGUGAUAUAAAAUUCAGCAAUGAGCAAUCGAUGCUCCUUACAACUACAAAUGACAAUAUUUAUGUUCUUGAUGCAUACGGAGGGGAGAAGCGCUGUGGGUUUAGUUUGGAACCGUCUCCAAAUACAAUUAUGGAAGCAACUUUUACCCCAGAUGGCAAGUAUGUGGUCUCAGGCUCAGGAGAUGGAACUUUGCAUGCUUGGAGCAUUGACACGCGAACUGAGGUGGCAAGCUGGAGUAGCCAGAUAGGCAUAGUGACUUGUUUGAAAUGGGCUCCUCGUAGGGCCAUGUUUGUGACUGCAUCAUCUGUUCUCACUUUCUGGAUUCCAAACAACGAAAAGUCAACAGCUACUGAGCCAGGUUUCAUGGAAACUCAAGCUGGAGCUCAAGCUGAUCAUGUUCCUCAAUGAUUCGUAAGUCUCUCUUUAGUAACUUAAAAAUAAUAAAUAAGAAUCUGGUUUAGUAAUUCUUUGGAAAUAUCCGAGCCCGGUUGAAAGUUUUGUGUAUGCUUGACUUAGCUCUAGCUUUGUAAUCUCCCUUCCCACCCCCCCUCUUUCUCUCUCUUCAUCAAGAGUAUAUGGUAAAAGUGAUUAGUUAAUUUUGUUAAGUUUAUAACUAUUAAGCUUUUAGUGAUUUAUCUAAUGAAUCAGAUAUUUAUUCCA